AUGUCGAAGGAUCAAGGAGACGAAUAAGGAUUAUCAGCCUAAUCAUCUAGAUCAUAAUCACCUUAAUAGACUAAAAGGAAGAAAUAAUUUUAAAUCGAUUUUUUUAUUGAAUGGAAAUACAUUGAAUAAGAUGAAUUGAAAAAUAUAUUAGAGGAUGUGAAAGUACCAUAAAUAACAUGAUUUAGUCAUAAUAUGAUGUUAAAUCUAUUUAACUUAAUCGAAAUAAUCAAAUUCCUGGUUUAGAUGGCACAGCUUUUUCAAUAAUUGAUUCUGAUGAUAGCAAAUUAAAUUUAUAACUUGAAGCCAUCAAUAAAAUACUUUCAUUAAUUGAGUAAAAGAAAAAUCAUACUUUUGAAAUGAUGAUGCUUAUACCUGAAGGUAUAGAAAUUCUAUAAACAUUAGGAACUGUGUCAUACUUAAUUGGUACAUCUGGAAAGCAAAUUAAAAAUAUCCAAUUAGAAACAAAAACUGAUGUUGUUGUUAAUAAUGCUAUAAAUAAAUUUUCCUUACGAUCAGUUAAAAUAGCUGGUAAGGAUAUAAUUAUAAUUAUUUAGGUUAAUCAGAUUGUAUAUACAAUGCCAUAAAAUUAAUAACUAAUAAAUUGCAUUAAAGAGGGAUUACAGAAGAUGACUACAUAAAGAGAGCUGAACCAUUAGAUCCAGGAAAACUAAUUACUAAAGUAUUUCUUAUUAUUAAAGAGGUUUAACUUAUUUUUAUGGAUGUAAUUGUGGAUUAUAUUCUUAAAAAUAAAGAUUUAGAAAAAAAAUAUUAAAUAAAAAUGAAAUCUAAAAGUAUUAAUGAAAUACCAAUCAAAGUAUUAUUCAAAUUAAUUAUAUUUAGAAUAAAUUAAAAAAAGAUGAAGAGAUAUUAUAAUUAGUUGGAACUUUGAAAAAUGUUCAAGAAGCAAUUAAAUCUAUAAUUCGAAAAAUAAGUUCAUAAUUUAAAAGACUUGAAUUUGAUGUUAGAGUAGUUAUGCCUGCUAAUUUUGCAUCUAAAUUAAUAGGAGCAAGUAUAUUAUUAUAAUUUAUGAUUUUUCAAAGAGGGUUGCCAAAUAAAAGAACUUGCAAAUAAAGCUAAAGGUGCAUAAAUAAAAGUUAUGUCUGAUAAAGAUGAUACUGAUAUAGGAUAAUGUAUUAUAUAAAUAUAAUUAGAUUGUUUGGUUUAAGUGAUUGGAUCUGUGGAACAUAAGUUAGAGGCUACAGUGUUAAUUUUGGAAUAGAUAGAGUGUUUUAAAAAUGGAGGACCUGUAUUUAAAUAAUUAAAAAGAUCCUUGAGAGCGGAAAGUACAUAAAUGAAAACUUUGCAUAACAAUACAAAAAUUCAGUUUCGAUUCAAGAUAUUAAAUAAAAAAGGUUAUAUAAUUAUUCUAAUUCUUUUUAGAUAGAAAUCCUCUUCAUCCAGAUCUAGUAGAAGAUUGAGAUCCAGAUCAGAUUCAAACAAAAGACAUAAAAAAUAAAAAAAAUCUAGAUCAACUAGGUACAUCUAAUCAAUAGAAAAGUUCAAACUAAAGAAAAAGCAAAUAUAAUCCAUUUUAAACAAAGAUAGUAGUUCCAAUAAAUUUAAUUGAAUAAAUGAAGAAAAAAUUAAAUCGUAUUGGAAAAGAAGAAGGAGUUAAUAUUUAAGCAGAUAAUAAAGUAUAAUUAACUUAUAUAUAUAUUUAAUAGGAAUUCAGAGAUGAGUUUGUCCUAAAAUUGAGAGGUGAAAUGAAAAAUUGUUUGAAUGCAAUCUAGCUUAUAUUAAGUGAAUAAUGUAAAUUAUAAAGAAGAUGA